AAGGAUUCGAGGUCGAAGAGUAAGGAGAAUGCAGGCAAAGGUUCAAAAUCAAAGAGCAAGGAUAGCGUACUAGAGGUGACAGGAAAAGAAACUGCAAAAGGAAAAGAUGCAGGGCGACGAAAACGAAGAAGGAGACGCAAUAUUGAGAUUUCCGCAACUGUGGCCGAGAAUUCUGAUCUUUCCGAUGACUCGUUCACGGAAUCAGAGGAUAUCGAGGUUUUGAUUCCAGAAGAACUUAGAGAAUACGCAGAAAAGAUUAUUAUUGGGAAGCUUUCACGUUUUGGAUUUGGACGAUCCCUCAGACUGAGCAAGUUAGGCUUCUAUUGUGUUGCGAUGGCCUAUGUAGCAAGUGUUCCCAAUUUCAUGAUGUUCAAUUAUGCCGUCCGCAGACUGGGAUUUUCUUUCAUCUUUCCGUUCAUUUGCUGUAUGAUUUUUAUCGGAUUCCCAAUAACCUACCUAGAGUUAACUUUGGGACAAUACACUCAAGGAACUGCGCUCACAAUAUUUGAUCGUAUCGCACCGAUCAGUUUCGGUGUUGGUGUGUCGGCCACUAUACUACUUAUGGUGAGCACAAUAAUUGACAACGACAUAAUGGCACGCAUGUUCCUGACUUUCUCAAAUUCGCUGGACAUAUUCGGCACUGAACCAGAUUGGUACGAUUGCGCCGGAACUAAUGUCAGAGAAAAUUGCAAUUCGAUCCAUAGGAACUGUAUCGGCAUUAAGACUCCCACAGCAUGGGCAACGUAUUCGAAUGAUCGCUUUUCUUUA